GCCCCGCCCGCCGGGGGCGGGCCCGGCGGCCCCGUGGCGGGGCAGAGGCGGAGCCGCGUCAUGGCGGCCGGGCGCGUCCCGCCGGGCGCCCUAAGCUUGAGGCAGUUCCUGAGGCGGCAGCAGGUCCUUCAGUUAUACCGCAAGAUCCUGCGGGCGAUCCGGGAGGUCCCUGCUGAACAGGAUCGCCGCUACUUAAAGGACUGGGCCAGGGAGGAAUUUAAGAGAAAUAAGGAUGCUACAGAAGAGGAUGCAAUCAGGAUGAUGAUUACUCAAGGCAACAUGCAACUGCAGGAACUUCAGAGAACACUUAAGUUGGCAAAAUCCUGAUACUGAUUUUGAUGACAGUUGGACUUUCAUCUGCUGCAAACAAGAAUAGUGUUUUUUUCCAGAAUGUGGUUAUAAUGGCAGCUUUUGCUGGCAACCUGGUAAAGUUUGAAGGGGGAAUCUACCACAGUGGGGAUGUUGUUUGGUUUUUCCCCUUCCCCUUUCACUUCUUGGUUUGGUUACCUUCCUGUGUGGAAAUCACUCAGACAUAAGAAACCGAAUGGAUGAUGUAGCAUGAGCUGUGGGAAAAGCAGAAAGCACCAAAAAUUACAACAGCAGUGUUACACCUGUGAAAUAGAAAAUAAAUAUGAACCAGA